AUGUCUGGAGCCAUCAAUAAGAACGAAACUGAAAUCUCUCAUGACGAUAACGUUAAUGAUCAUAGGAAUAUUGCAGCCUCAUCAUCAUCUAUAACAUCAACCACCACCAUACCAGGAUUCGACAUAUCAAAAUACACAAAAUUCGCGCAGAAACUCGAAAAAGACCCGAUUUCGUAUUUGGAUCGAUAUUAUCAAAAGCUUUAUUUUCUAGAUCCAGAUGAAGUGAAACAAGAAGAUUUUUACGUAUAUCGACCUCCAAAUGGUCUAUGUGUACUGGGAUUAGCGCCUACUCAUCCACUAAUCCGAGAAGCUUCAACGAGCUCCUACUUCAAUUCGUCCACGACUGAACAUUCAGAGAGAUCAAUCAUUGUUUCCAUCGCAUUCAACAAAAUUGUCACAUCAUCAGCUGGAAAAGUUGGAAAGAAAAAUCGUCUUUUUCGACCAAAUAAUAAUCUUUGUUCAAUUGCAGUGUCAAGAUUACCUCAAACAUCGUCAGCUUCUUCAUCAGCUUUAUUAACAAAUCUCGUCUCUGAAUUAGAAACAAUAAUAAAACACGAUAAGAGCGCAUCUAUCACCGAAAAAAGUUACGGAGAUAUCAGAGACUUUAUCACAAAGAAUCCAAAAUUCGAAAAACACUUAUUAGACAUCAAGUUUCCCGUGACAGGCUUCCUAGUAGACUGGAACGAGAAAAUUGUUAAUAAUCCCGAGUAUUUAUUCGAAAAGCCAUAUUCUGAAGGAUACAUCGCAAUAAUAAAGCCACAAAAGCAAGAACCCCCAGAACUAAAAAAGUGGGUGACCGAAGCCGAAUACCAAAAAUUACGAUUUGGUAUCGUCGUCUCCACGGAAGAGACUAAUGAUCAAUUUAUAGUAGAUGAGGAAGUGAGCAAUAUCACCACCGCGAUCCAUGAAAACGCAAGUACUAUGGAAACGGAUAUGACGGACGAAGAUAAUAAAAUAGUUGAUAGCAAUGAUGACUGA